AUGUCGUCUUCAAAGAUGCAGUUGAAGGGGCGGCGGCCGCCGCCGCUGGCUGUUCGUGAUGAGUCGCACAAGGCGCAGAAGCCCCAGCGGAAGGCCGUCGUCGUGUACCUGGUGUCGCCCGAUGUGAUCCAUGCCGACGCCAGCGAGUUCAAGGCGCUGGUGCAGAGCCUGACUGGGCCGUCGUCGUUGCCGGCCGCCGUCAAGUCCGCCGGAAACCCGCAGCAGUUUCCAGUGAGGGUGAAAGCCCGAGGGCCGAAGCGCUCCGGCGGUAUGUCGACCGGGGAGUCGUUGGCCUUGGUUGGAACUCCCCCCUUGUCGCCGUCCUCGCCUGCGCUGCCUGCUCUGUUCUUGCAUGACCUGAGCCCUCCUUGUUUGUGGCCAGGCGUCGCCGGAGACGGAGUUCCGAUCGAUGAGUGA